UUCAUUCUCUCUUUCUCUCUCUCUCAGCCAGUCAGCCAUCGACCUAAGGCUGAGACACAGAGAGAGCGCUAUUACAAAAUGCCAUUAACAUAAUACCCGAACCCGCCCCGCUCAACCGGUAAAACCCGCCACGCAGACCAGAUACCCUGCGGAUAAAAUCCAAUGUAGCCGGGUGCUACUACUCCGUCUAUAGAGAGCUUCGUAGGGUAUUAACGUAUUGUGCGCUUCAAGCCUUGGAAAGCCAGCCUUUCACUGCGAAUUCCAUCAUAAGAACCUGGGGAAGUGAGUUGAUGGCAGGCAAAGCUGUAAAAUCUGUGGCAAAGGUGGUUGGGGAUUACCAGUACCCAUGGCGAGAAAAGUUAGUGAAAUACAAGGAUGAACUAUCCAAGGGUGUGUGGGGUUACUGGGAACUAGGGGCCUGGAAGCCCCUUGGCAUUAGUGCUCGUCAUAGAGCGAGACUCCGCAAGGAAGUCCUCCUUGCUGGGGAAGACUGGCCGUAUGACCCGGCUAGGAAAGAGAUGAGAACCAAGAGGAAAGGCCACAAAUGUGACAGGAUAGCUGCAGAAAAACGAGAAAACACUGCCAGGUUGAUGCAGGAGAUGCCAAAAAUGUUGUUGGAUCACAAGAAGCGCAGGUGGGAGAAGAAAAUGAAGGAAGAAGACAAGAACAAGUGAAUGGUUCCCUCUUGAUCUUUCCUUUUCUUGUGACAUGUUGCGGUAAGGUCUUUCUCAUUGCAGCUUAAUGCACUGGGCUCAAUUUGCAUAAACGCUAGGUUGUUUUGAUCUAUGUUCUUGAAAAGAAUUUCAUGGAUAAAUUCUUUAUGCAUUAGAGUUCACAUUAAAUUUGCUCA